AUGAACCACCGCUUCUGCAACUGCCAGAAGGUGUUCCAGGCGCACACAACUCUGAUCUACAGAUUGUCCCUUUUUCUUCUACUUGCUCUCGUUCUCCGGACUGCCGUAGUCUCCUCUUACCACCCGGGAUUCCUCUGGUUCAAGAGGAGAGAAAUCUACUGGUCGCUGGAAGCGUUGAAGGCUGAUGAGCAGUCUCCGGUCAGAUCGGACAAGUUCCUGGAGGUUCCGCAGAUUGUGUGGGGGUUGAACAACCAGAAGAUCGCAUUCGCUCGGGCUUCCCUGACGGCGAGGCUGCUGAAUCGGACGCUUCUCAUGCCGAGCUUGAGCGCCUCUCUGUUCUACAAGGAGAUGGAUCGGCUGCAACCGAUUGCCUUCGACAAGGUCUUUGAUCUUAGGAAAUUCAACAAUCUCUGUGGCGGAUUUGUCCGGGUGGGGAGGGCAUCGGAGGUUUCCGACCGGACGAAGCCAAUCGAGAUCCAGAAAGGCAGCGGGAGGAAGUGGACGGCGGAGAGGGAUCUGAACCAGUUGAAGGAGAUCCAGAUCGGCCCCGACGACGGCGCCGAGGUCAUCCGUAUUGUCGGGAAGAACCCCUUCCUCUGGCUCGAUCACUGGCCUGUGAAGCAGUACGCCAGGAUCUUCGACUGCCUGGUGCUGAUAGACGAAAUCGCCGACGCCGCCGCCGGUGUCAUCGCGAAGAUCAGAGCCAAAGGACUGAAUUCCAGAUCUGGAAACACCUCCGCCAUGGCUCGCGUCCCCGUUCCCUACAUGGCCGUCCACAUGAGGAUCGAGAAGGACUGGAUGAUCCACUGCAAGCACCUGGAGCGCAGAUCCAACACAAACCAGAUCUGCAGCAGCAAGGAAGAGAUCAUGGCCAGGGUGGGGAGCAUCCCCGGCCUGAUCGCGCCGAUGGUGACGUACAUUGCGGUGGCCGACGCCCUGCUGGAGGACGGAUCGAUCCUCCGCGGAUGGAAGGAAGGGCUGGUUCCCGUGGAGAAGAAGAUGGUGGGAGCUUGGGAAACCUACCAGCGAUGGCCGUACCUGGUGAGAUCGGCGAUCGACUACGAGGUGUGCCUGAGGGCGGAGAUCUUCGUCGGCAACAGCUACUCCACCUUCUCUAGUCUGGUAGUGCUGGAGAGGACGCAGAGGCGGAUGAGGGAGGGCGGCAGCGAUGGUGGUGGUGGUUGUGGUGGUGGUGAGGAAGGGUGGGCUUCGUACGCGUACAACCUUGGAGGGGAGCAAGAAAGGGGGAUCAGGAAGUGGGAGACGGAUAUGGAAGCCCCGAGCUUGCAGGCUAUCAGCUAUGGGACCAGCAACAUCUCCUGCCACAGAUGA